AUGGACUCCUCAAACAUCCUGCAAAAUUAUCGUGUAAGUUUUCGAUAUAUUUUUGAAGGACGUAAUUCUUGCCCAAAAUCGAUAACAUUUUCAUCGUAUUAUUUUCAAAGUUUUUUAGAUAGGAGCGAAAAUAUGGAUUCCUCACGAAAUCAAUGUUUAUGUUGAAGGAAUACUGUUGAAUACUAUUGAUGAAAAUACCAAAAUUGUGAAAGUGAAACUGCCGGAUAAUUCGGUAAGUUUGUAAAGCACCACAAGCAGCAAAAUGAAAAAAGAAUAACUAUUUCUACAGACUAAAGAUAUCCAAAUAACAUCGUUGGAACAACUACCUAUUCUCCAAAAUCCAGAUAUUGUUUAUGGAAAAAGAGACAUUGAAGGUUUAACUCACGAAGCAGAUUUACUAAACAUGAUUAAAUUUCGCUUUUCUGAACAAAAACAAACAUAUAUAUAUAUAUUGUGGAAAUAUAUUAAUUGCUCACGUCGACCCACUAAAGAACAAACUGCUGCAAUGGACACAUGGGUAAAAACAGAACCUUUUCCAAUGAAAAACCUGAAAACCCGAAAAAAUUAUGCGUUUAUAUCAAGGAGCUGGGAGAACAGUUCGUGAAAGAAGUCCUCCUCAUAUUUAUGCGAUUACGGAAGAAGCACAUUACAAUUUGCGAAAUUUUUCGAAAUCACAGUCGAUUGUUUGUUUAGGGGAGUCAGGAUCUGGAAAAACAGAAGACAUCAUCCAGUUGUGAAAGACAAAACGGUUGACAUUGGAUGAAGCUAUUCGAUCAAGAGAUGCUCUCACAAAACUUGUUUAUUGUAAAUUGUUCAAUUAUUUGAUUGAACAAAGAAACGAAGCUCUGAACAAAAGUAUCAACACAACUUCGACGGCAACUACAAUUGGAAUAUUAGAUAUUUAUGGCUUUGAAAUUUUUCAAAUCAAUUCGUUUGAACAGUUUUGCAUUAAUUAUGCCAAUGAAAAAUUGCAUCAACAAUACAAUGAAUAUGUUUUCAAACAAGUUCAAGAAGAAUAUGCGAGAGAAGAAAUUGAAUAUAUUCAAGUUGAUCAUUACGACAAUCAACGAACAAUUGAUUUAAUUGAAAGACCGAUCGGAUUAAUCAAUUUAUUAGAUGAGCAAUGCAAAAGGUUGAAUGAGUUAUGGCGAUCCGCGUUUUUGAAAAAAUGA